AUGGCGAACCAAACGCCAGCCGUUGUCAUGGACAACGGUACUGGUUACUCCAAACUGGGAUUCGCCGGCAACGACUCCCCCUCCUUUGUCUUCCCGACCGCGAUCGCAACGAAAGGCCCUAAUGCUGGAGGUGGCUCGUCAGGAUCAGGGCGACCAGCUGUUGCGAACAAGCCAUCCUUCCUCACCGGAGGCGCAGGACCGGGUGGGCAUCUAUCGGCAAAGAGAGGAACAGAAGACUUGGACUUCUUCAUUGGCGAUGAGGCGCUCACUGCCGCUGCUGGUCCUGGCUAUGGCUUACACUACCCUAUACGGCAUGGACAGAUAGAGAACUGGGACCACAUGGAACGCUUCUGGUCGAACAGCAUCUUCAAAUACCUCCGAGUCGAACCCGAAGACCACUACUUCCUCCUCACCGAACCACCGCUGAACCCACCCGAGAACCGCGAGAGCACCGCCGAGAUCAUGUUCGAGUCCUUCAACGUCGCCGGUAUGUACAUCGCCGUGCAAGCCGUGCUCGCCUUGGCCGCAUCCUGGACAUCCUCGAAAGUGCAGGACCGAUCAUUAACGGGUACCGUCAUUGACUCUGGUGAGGGAGUGACGCACGUUAUCCCAGUCGCGGAAGGAUAUGUCAUUGGCAGCAGUAUCAAGAGCAUUCCAAUCGCAGGUCGUGACAUCACAUACUUCGUGCAGUCACUGCUGCGUGAUCGAGGCGAGCCAGACAGCAGCUUGAAGACGGCAGAGCGGAUAAAGGAGGAGUUUUGUUACGUGUGCCCGGAUAUCGUCAAGGAGUUCUCGCGCUUCGACCGCGAGCCGGAGGAUAGGUUCAAGAAGUACGAGGUCAAGCACCCCAAUGGCCGAAGCGUCACUGUAGACGUCGGAUACGAGCGAUUCUUGGCACCCGAGAUCUUCUUCAACCCAGAGAUCUACAGCUCCGACUUCCUCACACCACUGCCAAACAUCGUCGAUGCCGUUAUUCAGACUUCACCGAUCGACGUGCGAAGAGGCCUAUACAAGAACAUUGUGCUUUCUGGUGGUUCGACUCUAUACAACCAGUUCGGUCGCCGACUACAGCGCGACAUUCGUCACUUGGUGGAUGCCAGAAUCGCCGCUUCAGAAGUACGCGCAGGAAACGCCGCAAAGAGUGGCGGUCUUGAUGUGCAGGUCAUUACACACCGGAGGCAACGACACGGUCCGUGGUUUGGAGGAUCAUUGCUCGGUCAGACACCAGAGUUCCGCAGCUACUGCCACACAAAGGCCGAGUACGACGAGAUAGGGCCCAGCAUUGUGCGGAGAUUUGCAUUGCUUGGAGCACCAGGAAGCACGUAA